AUGGGAUUGCUUACUUGCCAGGAUAUCAAAAACCAAGUGUUUUUGGUCAUUGGAACCUCAGGACUUACUCUCACCCGAGUGCAAACCCUACUAGAGCAUGGUGCUCAUGCCAUCGUCUUCACUGACAUUGAUCUGUCAAGUCAAGAAUCUGUUCCAGCCAUAACAAGCACAAUUUCUGCGCAAACAUCAGAAAAACUUGGUGAAUUUUCAGCUGCAGGGAAGAUUUCAUGGGUCCAAGACCGAGGAUUUACACUGAGUGAUUUAGAGACUCAGGGGCGCAGCGAGGUUCGUGGGGUUGUAGACGGUGUAUUUCUGACUAUUCCCAAGGCCAUAAAAGGUUCGUCUUCUACAUUGUUUGUGGAUGACUUGUUUCACAAGUGCGUGAGUGCACGGAUACCAAUCAAUACGGCAGACGAUCCAGAACAUUGUACGUUUACGUUGCUGUCGACAUUCACAAAGGGUGAUUUCCAGUUGGGCGUAACCACAAGCGGGAAAGGAUGCAGACUGGCCAACAGAAUCCGGCGUGAGGCUGUGAGCUCGCUGCCUAACAAUAUUGAUGCAAUUUGUGAGAAAGUGGGUGCACUGCGACGACGAAUCAUUGCAGAGGAUGAAAAGGACGAAGAAGCCGAACGAACCAAGAAAUUAGAAGAAGAUGAAACUGGGCAGGAGGAUGAUGAUGCGGAUCAAACAAACAAGUUUAAUAACCUUGUGUUGGAGUUUAACGAAUCUCACCAGCAGAAAAAGAAGCAACGUUUGCGAUGGCUGUCACAGAUUGUGGAAUACUACCCGCUGGCCAAGCUUGCCGAUUUGUCUGUGGAUGAAUUGUCAAAAGAAUACAAGCAAUACAAUGAGCAAACAGCUGAAGUUGCAGCAGCAGCUAAUAAAAGAGGCCGAAUUGCGCUGGUUGGCGCGGGUCCUGGGUCUACUGGGUUACUAACCACGGAGGCUUUGCAGGCAAUUAAAGAAGCCGAUAUUAUAUUGGCCGAUAAGCUUGUUCCUGCUGCUGUUCUUGCGCAGAUCCCCCGUGAGACACCAGUCCACAUUGCGAAAAAGUUCCCUGGCAAUGCCGAACGGGCCCAGCAAGAGCUGCUUGCACUUGGGUUAGAAGGCGUGCGUGCGGGGAAAUACGUUGUGCGAUUGAAACAAGGUGAUCCUUACAUUUUCGGGCGCGGAGCUGAGGAGUACUUGUACUUUGAACAGCACGGAUAUGCACCAACUAGCGUGGUGGCCGGUAUCACAUCUGCACUAAGCGCGCCGCUGGCGGCCCGCAUUCCACCCACGCACCGUGACGUUGCAGAUCAGGUUUUGGUGUGCACAGGAACCGGGCGACGCGGUGCGUUACCACGGUUCCCUGAAUGGGAUGACGCGCGGACGGUGGUUUUCCUGAUGGCAUUACACCGGAUUGGCGAUGUGGUGGAUGCGCUUGUUGCCAAGGGAUGGGACCCAGAGGUGCCGUGCUGUGUGGUGGAACGUGCGUCGUGUCCUGACCAACGUGUGAUUCGUACUAGACUUAAAGAUGUGGCCGAAGCUCUUGAGACUGCAGGUAGCAGACCCCCUGGACUGUUGGUUGCUGGACGUGCGUGCGAGGUGAUUGUCAAGCUUGCAGAUGACGAGCGGUGGAGAAUUGAGGAAGGGCUGUAA